GACGAACUAUAAGUGCGCAUAUUUCUCUACUUAGUCAUGACGUGAAAAAGAAACAAUCCAUUCUAGCCCCGCCACUUCCUUAUUUGUGUCUGUUCAACACGAUAACAUGUUUAAAAUCAUACGUUUUCAUUUUGUUUCCUAGUUUCUAAAAUAUUCUGCUCAUGGAACCCAUGUCCGGAGAAUGAGCAGUCAUAUAUGUUUGAAGUAAAAAGAGGCAAUUGGAAUGAGGCUGCCAGGAAAUGUGAAAAAGCCGGAGGAGGUCUGGCCACGGUCAUCAGCGAAAACUGUACACUCAGGAAUCUAACAGAAAGGUUUACCUACUUCAUUGGAGGUAAGAAGUCAUCCUCUGGGAAAUGGACAUGGGUAGAUGGUACUCAGAUGAACCAAACACAUUGGGCUUCAGGCGAGCCAAAUAACCAUGGAGGAAAUGAAAAUUGUUUACAAAUGCAGUAUACAAAUAAGAAUUAUCAAUGGAAUGACAUCUCAUGUGACAGCAACAAUAAUCACGGAUAUAUUUGUCAGAGUGAGUGCCGAAACUUUAUACAU